AUGCGAACCCAGGCCUUCAAACCUAUUCAUCCUAUAGAGGAUCCGCCCCUAAAAAGACCCAGAAACUCUGUGAAUUUCACACAUUCACAGGUGCUGGUGGUCCACGAUUCCUCUGGUGGCCGUGUGGCCUGUUCCUCAUUCCAGCCGCAUGGCGAUCUGGCUUUCUGGCAUCUGGGUGGUUGCUACACCGAACAGGACUGGCGUAGUCAGUCAUGGCUGAACUUCACUGGUGCCUUCAGGCGCUGUGGGCCCUCGGCGGUGUGUGUGGCCGAGCACGAGAUGUGCACGGAGGGCUGUUUCGCGGACGAGCAGUGCGAGAUGUUCCCCAUGCGGAUCUGUGACUCCCAGCUGUCUCGAUGCAAACACAAGCCGCUCUUUGGUGCAGCAUCUGGUGCAGAUGUGGCGGCAGCCAUCAUUUUUUUCCUCAUCAGUGGCCUCGCCCUGAGCGCGGGUAUUGGUGGUGGUGGCUUGUAUGUGCCACUCUUGAUGGUGCUUCUAGGUUUUCAAAUUCACGAAGCCACUGGACUCUCCCAGUCUUGCUUGGCUGGAGGAGCCAGCAGCGCCCUGAUUUACAACCUGCGGCAGCGGCAUCCAUCAGGGCAAAAGCCGAUGAUUGAUUACGACUUGGUGCUCAUCAUGGGCCCGAACCUGCUUCUGGGCGCCAUGGUCGGUAGUUUCUUGAACUUUGCUUUGCCCUCCUGGCUGAUCCUUUUGCUCCUGAUUACCAUUCUGGUGCAUUCCGUCUUCAAGACCUUCAAGAAGGCGCUGCAGACCUUGCGGAAGGAGCGCGAGGGGCACGUGGCCGGACUGAAGCCUGGCGAUGCCCGGCUUUCCAAGAACCCUGUGGAGCGAUGUUUAAGGCUGAUCGGCUUGGGCAAGCGCUACGCGGAGUUCGAGGAGAGAGCGCCCAAUGCUGAACGACCCAGUGUCGUGGGACGAAGCGUGGAUGCAGGGGAUGUGAAGCUGGAGUUAGACCUCGGCGCAGGCAGGAGCCCAGGCACAGUCGCUACCAAGCCGGUGGAGUUGACGCCCAGCGAUCAAGUGUCCGUGCAAAGCCUGCAAAGCGUCCACAGUGAGCCGCAGUAUCCAAAGGGAAAGCUGGCAGGAUUCUUGCUGAUGUGGCUGGUCGUGGUGGUCAGCAUCCUUUUCCGCGGGGGCCAUGCUGCCCCUGGGAUCGUCUCCAUGUGUUCUCCGAUGUAUUGGGCUUUUGCGUUGGCGACGGCCAUCAUCUUGCUUUUACUCAGUGCAGCCUCCUCUUGUAUGGCUGGGCAGGAUGCAGGUGCACUUGAGGGAAGAGUGACACAUCCAUCCUGGAGAAGCAGGCUCUAG